AUGAUGAUGAUGCUCUGUAAUUUGCAAACCCUAGCUUUUAUCCGCACCUAUACUUACAGAACUUUACAUACUACUGCAACUAGUGCUUCUUUACCAUCAAAAUCCUCAUUUCUCAAUUGUGGGUUUUCUGUAAAAACCCAUUUUUGUGCUUCUAAUGUGGUGCCUUUACAAUCUUGCUCUGAUGAAGACAGACCCACUUCAGUUCUUAAACUCUUUCAAGAUUUCGGGUUUUCGCAAUCCGAUAUUACUAGGAUUAAUUCUAAGCAACCUGGUGUACUUACAUUUCAUCCUGAUAAGUACAUUAAACCCAAGCUUGAGUUUUUGUUGUCGAUUACCAAGUCUGAGUCUGAGGUUGUCAGAAUUAUUACUAAAAAUCCGCUUAUCUUAAAAAGAAGUUUGAAUAAUCACCUAAUGCCGUUUUUUGGCUUGUUGAAGUCUGCAACGGGUAGUGAUGAAAAUGCAGCUGCCGCUGUUAUAACCAAUCCCUUUGUGCUUUCCUUUUGCCUUUCGGCCUCGUUUAUGAAAAAUAUUGAGUUUUUGCAAGAAAUGGGGGUGCCGCAGUCCCAGAUAUUGAAACUUAUUACCAAGUAUGGUCAAGCUGUCGGGGAGCAACACACGAAAUUUUGUAAGGUUGUGUUGAAGGUUAAGGGAAUGGGGCUUGAUCUUUCAUCUUCGUAUUUUAUCGAUGCUGUUCGAGCAUUAAGUUUUCUUUCGGAUGAGGCUUGGGAAUCUAGAUGUGAGAUGUAUAGAAGCUAUGGUUUCUGUGAUGAUGAUAUCUUUACAAUGUUCAAGAAGCAUCCAACUGUGAUGAGUUAUUCAGAGAAGAGAAUGAGGGAAUUGUUAGAUUUCUUUAUUUAUAAAUUGGGAUGGAGUCCAUCUAGGUUGUCAAAUUCACCUAACGUUUUGCAGUAUAGCUUACAUAAAAGGACUGUUCCUAGGUGUUCGGUUCUUCAGGCUCUGGUGUUAAAACAAUGCAACAACAGGAGUAUGAUGCUAUCGUCAAUAUUGGCAAUGACCGAUAGCAAGUUCAUGGAAAUCUUUGUCACUGAGUAUGAUGAUGAAAUUACUGAGGUAAUGGAUGCGUACCAAGGUAAGUUGAGAUUUGAUGAAUACAAUUUUGAACAGGAAAUGAAAGCUAAUUUAAAAGGCUGA